AUGUUUAGUCGAACGCAAACAGCUAAGUCUUCGGUUGUUCGCUGCUUAUUCAAAGCACGUUCUCAGCAUUUCAAUAGUCCAAGAAACUUUUUGCGACCUAUCUCUUCGUUCAGAAGUUCCAAUCCCUACCUUAAGCCCAGAAUGAGCGAAACCAAAGACAGCCAAAGCUCAUCACUUAACGGAGCGGCCAGCUCCGACGCCGUUAGUGCUAAGACAAAACUAUUUAAACCAAUCGUUUGGAUCGACUGUGAAAUGACUGGUUUAGACCAUGUAAACGAUCACAUUAUUGAAAUUUGUUGUAUUAUCACAGACGGAAAUCUCAAUAUCAUUGAUGAAGAGGGAUAUGAAAGCGUAGUGCACUAUGGAGCUGACGUGAUGGACAAAAUGGACGAGUGGUGCACAGACCACCACGGUUCGAGUGGUUUGACGGAUAAAGUUUUAGCGAGUCUGAAGACGCGGAAGCAGGUAGAGGCAGAGCUGCUGGACUACAUCAAAAAGUACAUCCCAGACGAGCGGAAGGGAAUUCUGGCGGGAAAUUCGGUACAUAUGGACCGUCUCUUCAUGCUACGCGAGUUUCCAAAGGUGACGCAGCAUCUCUUUUACAGGAUCAUCGACGUAAGCACCAUUAUGGAGGUGUGUUUCCGCCAUAAUGCUCCGCUCGCUUCUGUUUUCCCCAAGAAAAAGGCUGCGCACACAGCGAAAUCAGAUAUAUUAGAAAGCAUUGCGCAGCUGAGAUGGUAUCAAAAUAACUAUUUGAAAGAUAGCGAUGAGACGCAAGCGUUCGUCGAAAAGCGCGACAAGGAACUCGAGGCUGAGCGAGCAGCCGACGCCGCGACUGCUGCCGCGUCGACUGCCGAAUCACUGAAAACUGCUGUUAAAGAUGCGGCCAAGACCAUUGCUAAACAACCUAAAAAGAAAUUAGCAGAAAUCGCUAGUUCAAACUGUGAGAAGGGCAAAUCUUCGAACAAUGAGCCUUGCAAAAAGCAGAGAUUAAAAUAA